UCCAAAAUAGAGGUUUUAACAUUAGGGGUUUAACAAGUAAAAUUAAAUCCACAAACCAUCCAAUCUUUCAUUUAGAAAGAACAACACUUUUUGUCAAUUUGCACUUGUUCAGACAAAGAACACCAAACAAAUUUAGGGUUUGAUAGAGAUUCAACCAUGGAAACUUCUGUAGUUCCUAACGAGGGUCUCAAAGAUCUUCUUAAACCCUUCUACAGUAGAGCUUCUGAAGCUGAGGAUCGCCUAUCGAAACUUGAGGCUGUGGUUUCAAGUAAGAAGGAUUCUGAGGUUGGCAUUGGUAAUGAGGAAUUUGCAAAGAAGGUAAAAGAGUUGGAGUUGAAGUUGGAAGGAUUGACAGCGGAGUUAACUUCUGAGAGAGAGAAGGUUGCUAAGCUCAUUGUUGAGAAUGAUAAGAAGGAAUAUCGCAUACUCCACCUUGUUCGAUCCUUGAAGGAGACUGAUCUCAAGUUGGAGAAGUCGACUACCAAAUAGUUCAAAGUUUCCUGUUUUCAAGCUUGUGAUUCAAUAGAUUCGUUAGAAUGGAAAUGACUAGUGUGGUAUCUUCGAGAAUUGUGUCGAAAGAAAAGAAGCCAAGAGAACUCGAAGUUACGAUACAUUGUGGAGAAAUUCAAAUUGACAACAUUUUUCAUUGUAUCAACUACAUCUUUGAUUAGCUAUGAUGUCUCACGUGGAUUUGUUUCAGUUAUGUAGUCGAUCCAUAUUAUUGGGAUUAAAACUUAGCCUACU